AUGUAUGAAUUUUUAAACUUGUGUGUUUAUUUAUUUUUUGUUGGUACCAUCUGUUGGAAGUUACCAUCUUUUAUUGGUAAAUUCAGAUUCAAUAACACAAAAAGAAACAACAAAGAAAAAGAUGACUGCCAAUGUUGGAACAGUGAAGACAAUUACUGGGCAAGUCAGGUAAUCCAACAAACCCUACUACAAGAACCACAAGAACACCUCCAACUCCUCCAAAGCCUCCAAAAACCCCAACUACUCCAUCUUUACCAAGAGCAAAAACACCUCCAACAACCUCAACAACCUCAACAAAACCAAGAGCACCAGAAACUCCCAUCUCUUCAACCAAAAGAACCAGAAAAACCACAUCAAUCUCAAACACAGCAAUCCCAACGACCAAUUCCACAAAGACCAAUCCCAUUCAUUCAACUAAUUCGUCAGCAACCCCAACAGCAACCACCACAACAAUCACAACAACCAAUUCCAUUCAUCCAACGAAUUAGUCAGCAACCCCAACUCCAACAACCACACCAAUCCCAACAACCAAAACACCCACAACAAUCACAACAACCAAUUCCACAGAGACCAAUCCCAUUCAUCCAGCUAAUUCGUCAGCAACCACAACAUCAACUACCACAACAAUCACAACAACCAAUACCAUUCAUCCAACGAAUUAGUCAGCAACACCAACCACAACAACCAAUUCCACAACAACCAAUUCCACAACAACCAAUCCCACAACAACCAAUCCCAAAGCAACCAAUUCCACAACAACCAAUUCCAAAUCAACCAAUUCCACAACAACCAAUUCCACAACAACCAACUCCACAACAACCAACUCCACAACAACCAAUCCCAUUCAUUCAAAGAAUUCGUCAGCAACCCCAACCACAACAACCACAGCAACCACAACAACCAAUCUCAUUCAUCGAACGAAUUUGUCAACAACUCCAACCACAACAAAUUCAUUCAGAACCAACACAACAACCCCAAACCCAAAAUGCUCCAAUAAAGCCAAAUGAAAUUGAUUUAUCUUUGGUCAAUUCAAAUGGAAGAUUAAGUCUAGAUCCAACUCCAUUGAAUGAAACAGAAAAGGCAUUAAUACGUUUAAAUGAACGUAUCGAACUUUAUCAACUAAUGCCAAAAAAGGAAAUCCCAGGUGAUGGUAAUUGCCAAAUGCAUGCGCUAUCAGACCAGAUAUUUGGUGACUUGGAGCAUAGUGUAAUAAUAAGAAAUAACAUUGUCGAUUGGCUUAGACAAAAUAAAGGUUUUUACCUUCCAAAUGGAGAAACCCUCUCAGACUUUGUAACUACAAACAGUUGGGAGGAAUAUUGUAAUAGUAUGUCCCAAAAUGGCACAUGGGGCGAUCAUUUAACAUUGGUCGCUGCAGCUGAGAUUUAUAAAAUAAAUAUUUCUAUAAUAUCUUCAGUUGAAUCCCAGAGUAGUUCUUUCAUAGAAAUUACUCCAAGCAUUAAAUGCCAGAAUGGAAUUUUGUUAUCCCAUUUUGCAGAAUUCCAUUACGGUUCUUUAUGCCCAUUGGCUAGUUAA